AUGGUUUAUCUAAAAAAUACUCAAAACAACAAUCCCGGCCUCCGUCCAUUAAAUAAUGGAAGAAAAGCUUCUUCUUUUUUAAAAAAUUGUUGUGGGGGUUUAUGUAAAGACAAUAAAUUUCGUCAAUUAACAUUUUAUAUUCUUUUGUUAUUUUUAUUUGGAUUAACAAUUAUUGAUGUUCGGAAAUUGAUUAUAUGUUACUUUACAGACAACAAGGAAAUUGAUAUGAAAAUGAAUUUUAAUGCAUCAAUGACAAUGCCAAACAUAACAUUUUGUAUGUCAAAAAACAAUGCCUGGAGUCAUUUUAAUCAAACGGGACUAACUAGUCAAGACCUAUAUAACGCUACUGAAGAAGGAUUAUCUAAAAUGCCAGAUUCAGCAACAUUCCUUAAUAAUGAUUGGGAUUAUAAAAUGGUUAUGGAUGCUUAUUUAAAAUGGCUAGAUGAAAUAGCUAAAAGAAAAGUCUCUUUUGAUGAAUUUAGACAAAAAGUUGGAUGGGAAACUUUAAGAAGGUCCCAACAUCGAUUUGAACGUUUAGAUGUAAACAAAGAACAAAAGAAAAUUAAGAAUGAUGUCAAAAUUACUUGGCUUUCAACAAGACAACUUUGUUUCCAACCACAUUUUGAUCAAGAUUCUUUUAUUCCAAUUGCUGAUCAGGCACUAAUUUACCUUCUUAUAAGGUUAAGCGGCAUCAGGAUCACGGCCGGCUUUAUUAUACCGAUUUUUUAA